AUGAUAGAUGGAACAGAUAAUAAAGAUAAUUCUUCGACUGAAGAAUUUGAUUUUGAUAUUUUAAAAAAAAAGAAGAAAAACAAAAAAGUUGCUUUUAGUAGCGAUAAUGAUUCUUUAGAGGAUGGUGUAGAUGGUUCAGAGGACGUUGUUAAGUUAGUUUCUGAUGGAGAUGCAGAAGUUGAUGAAAUGACGAAUAUGUUUGCAAAUUUGAAGAAGAAGAAGAAGUCUUUUUCGAAUUUUGAGGAUAGUGAAGAAGAUUUGAAAGAAUUGGGAGAGAAUGAUGAAAAGGAGCUUUUGAAUGAUAUUUUUGAUUUGGGUGAAGGGAUGAAGAAAAAAAAGAAAAAAAAAGUAAAUAUGGAAGCAUUCGAGACUUCGUUGAGUGAUUCAAAUACGAAAGAUCAUACUGAGCAUGUGCUUGGCUCUAUUAGUCCUCGAGAACAGGAUGAACAGGCAUGGCUUAAAACAGAUAGGGAUUAUACAUAUGCUGAGCUUCUUGCUCAGGUUUUUAAGGUUUUACGUCAGAAUAACCCUGAAUUGGCUAGUGAAAAAAAACGUUAUACGAUUGCGCCUCCAACUAUUUAUCGAGAAGGAAAUAAAAAAACUAUUUUUGCUAAUGUGAUUGAUAUUUGUAAAAGAAUGCAUCGAAAUUCUGAUCAUGUUAUUCAAUUUCUAUUUGCUGAAUUGGGUACAAGUGGGAGUGUGGAUGGUAGUGCUAGAUUAGUUAUUAAGGGGAAAUUUCAGCAAAAACAGAUUGAGAAUGUUCUUAAACGAUAUAUUGUUGAAUAUGUUACAUGUAAAAUUUGUAAAUCUCCUGAUACUUUAUUAACUAAGGAAAAUCGUAUAUAUUUUAUGACAUGUGAGUCUUGUGGAAGCAAAAGAUCGGUUAGUGCAAUAAAGACAGGAUUUAGAGCCCAAACAGAAAAAAGAAAGCGUUAG